AUGGCGAGUCAGAAAACAGUGACGACGGUGAUCCGGCUGGUGAUCAACGCGGGCCAGGCGAAGCCCGCGCCGCCCGUGGGGCCGGCACUGGGGCAGCACGGGCUGAACCUCAUGGCGUUCUGUAAAGACUUCAACGCGCGCACGCAACACAUCAAACCAGACGUCCCCGUUCCCGCGCUGAUUACUGCAUACUCGGGCGCUCAUCUGACUUCAUACCCUCCCCUCUCCUUCUUGGCCCUCCACACCCACUCCACUUCCCGCCCUCUCCUUCGCCCCCUCCCCCCGCGGUCCUCCUGUCACCAGGAUCGCUCGUUUGAUUUCAUUAUCAAGUCCCCGCCCACGUCAUACUUCCUGAAGCGGGCGGCGGGGCUGUCUCUGGGUGGCGGGGAGGCGGGGCAUCAAAUGGUCGGCGAGGUGUCCUUAAAGCACGUGUAUGAGAUCGCCAAGAUCAAGCAGCAGGACCCCGGGUGCAGCUACAUUCCUCUCGAGUCCAUCUGCCGAUCAAUUAUAGGAACAGCUAGGUCCAUGGGCAUCCAGGUGAAGAAAUCUCUUGAAGUCCCCAGCAGUACCUAA